AGCAACCCACAGCGGCAAAAGUCCCAAAAUCUCCUCCUGCCUUGCUGCUAUCACCCAAAAAGAGAACCAUCCACUGACCCAUCGAGCAGAAACAUCCCUCCUAUGCUCUUGACUGCAGAGCCUCCAGCCAGCAUGGAGAACUCCUCCAAUGUCCAGCCUGGCCUCUCACCAAGAUCCAGAAUGACGCCCAGGAAGGAGAAGGAGAGCAGAGCCUCUGUGGCUCCCAGAAGUCACAGACAAAGGCCAUCGAAGGCAGGCCGGGCCCCCGAGGCAUCAUCAGGGAGGAAAGAGAGGCAACAGAAGGAGAAGCCAGAGACAAAUGAGAUGAAGGUGGAGCAGGAGACAGAAGUGAAGGUGAGAUCCACUGUGGUGGACAUAGACAGCGUCAGAGACAAUGAGGUCAAGGAGGAGAACCUGGGGCUCCUGGAAGCAGCGGAACAGGACGGUCUGAAGCGCAAGAGCCUGGGAGUGUUUGAGUGGAUGCUGAUGGUCUUCGUCUUGGCUGUGGUUCUCCUCUUGUUCCCGCUUUCCAUCUGGUUCUGUGUCAAAGUAGUGAGGGAGCAUGAGAGAGCUGUGGUCUUCAGAUUGGGUCACCUACUGCGUGGAAGACCGCGGGGACCAGGCCUUCUUUUCUACCUCCCAUUCCUGGAUGUGUGUCACAAGGUUGACAUCCGACUGAAAAUGCUGAAGGUUCCUCUUCACACGGUGGUGACAAAGGACAUGGUGAGGCCGGAGCUCAGUGCGGUGUGUUAUUACCAGAUAGAGAACGUGGCUUUGUGCAGCACGGCUCUGUCCAGUCUGACCACAGUGCUGCAGACUCUGGUCCAGGCAGCGGUCAGAGACAUUCUCGCCCAGCACACGUUCAGCCACAUCCUGCUGCACAGGAGGAGGAUCGGACAGCAGAUACAAGCAGCGGUUGACUCUGUUGCUUGCCACUGGGGCAUCAGGGUGGAGAGAGCAGACAUAGACGAGCUCAGUUUUCCCGUGGAGUUACAGCAGAGUCUGGCUGCCGAGGCUGAGGCCAAGAGACAACACCAGGUCAGAGUCAAAGCAACAGAGGCAGAGAGAGAUGCCUGGGAGGGGUUCAGGGCUUCCCUCCGUCUCCUCCAUCCUGCCCUUGUCCUUCCACUCAACCCAGAUCUUCUCAGCGUGACCCCUGACCUCUCAUCUCUACCACCUCCUCCUCCCCCUGCGGUGGAAGGAGAGGGAGGGACAACAGAGGGGGAGCCAGAUACAGACUCGCCAAUGAUGUGACAGAUUGUUAUGACAUGAGUGCUUAUUACUGUUCAAAUCUUCUAGAUUUAUUGUUAUUGAACACCUAACAGAAGAGACUAUGAAAAAGUAAUUUUCACAGAGAUGUUAUCAUGUUUAAGAAAUUUCCUUUAAGCCAAAUGAUUGUUUAUUUAAAUGAGUGCUUUGGAUUUUUGAGCAAUUUACGCUGAUGAGCUUUAGCACUGAAGGAUCUGAGAGCCUCUACUUAUGAUAAACUUGGCUUGUGUUGUGUUGGAAAAUAAAUGCCCAGAGAAGGAUAACUUUUUGGCAUGUUGCAAUGUCUGCAGAUACAUCAUUUUUUUGAGAGAAAACCAUAACUAAUCUGUUUUUACAUGCCACAUCACAAGGUCAAA